CCUGGAGUUACGCAACCGCAACCGCAACAACAGCAACAGCAGCAGCAGCAGAUGAUGAUGCCAGGGAUGAGACCGCCUCCUCCGCCUUAUAUGGCUAUGCAUAAUGGAUAUAUGCAUCCUCCUCAUGGAUCUCUUCCUCCUGUGUCUUGAUUGAAUACGGUGAGAAAGGUCAGAAGGCUUCCUAUUGCAGUUGUUUAGAGACUCCUUCUGCAACUCCUUACUUUGGUAUGCACAUAUCCGUAAUUUACUCACUUUUGUCUAUUUAUAUUUCAAAGACAUCAUAUAUUUAGCUAAGCCUAAAAAGGGCAAAAUCAAGCAGUGCUCCACUGCUCCCUGUCAUGAUAUAUAAUGGCUGGUGCUGUCAUGUCGAUUUAGUAGGAAUUUUGGUAGUUUAAGGAUUCUUUUCCUUCAUGGGUCCUUGAGUUUCUGGAGCUGAUCAUGAGGCCUGCUGAGUUCUUGGUGCCCUUGUUUGGCGAGGUAUCAUUAUCUUUAACAUUGUUCUAUUAUUCCUCUCCCUUCCUAUCUGUCUGUUCUUUUUGCUUAUUUUUCAUAAUGCAUAUUGGGCAAUCAACAGUUGACAUAACAAAGGUUGAUGGGCUAAAUUACAGUCUAAUGUCAUCAAAUAUCUUGGGUAUAUUUUGAGAUGGUGAAGUCUCAUUAUACUCAUUAGCAAAAAUUUGUUAGUUGGUGCGUUGGCUAUAUUGACAAGGCUACUAUUUUUGAAACUGCAUAUGCAAGGUAAGCAUGCUUGGUGACUUGUUCUUUAUGAACCUUGUAUUAUUUGUUAAUAUCCAUCAGGUCUGCUCAGCUGGUCAUAAGUUGCUCUGCUAUGCUGCCAUAUCUCUUACUUGUGAUGUGUGGUAACAACACUUUUAAAGUUUGUGAAAAUUUAAUUGCCCCUAUUCAUAAAGUGAUUUUUCUGUAAGAUUUUUUAUGUUAAUUAUGAACCUACUCUGAUGUGUUUGCAUAGAUGUGGUUUUUACAUGAUACUGCAGGAGUUGUUCGCUAUCCUUAUAUGCCGAUGGGUCGUCCUCCCUUUCUUCCUCGUCCUGGAGUUCCAGUUGGUACAGUUCCCCCACUGCCAAGGCCUCCUUUUCUGGGACUUCGUCCUCCAAUGACUCCCCCAAUUGUCAGGCCGCCUGUUGUUCCAAUUGUUGCACCAGUAGAAAAACCACAAACUACUGUUUAUGUAGGCAAGAUAGCUCCUUCAGUGGAGAAUGAUUUUAUUCAUUCGCUCCUUGAGCUAUGUGGAACAAUUAAGAGUUGGAAGCGUGCUCAGGAUCCGUCGGAUGGAACCCCAAAAAGAUUUGGCUUCUGUGAAUUUGAAUCUGCUGAAGGGGUUCUCCGAGCUCUGCGCUUGCUGAGCAAAUGCAAUGUUGAUGGCGAAGAGCUGGUGUUGAAUGUUAAUCAAGCAACAAGAGAAUAUUUAGAACGUUUCGUGGAAAAGAAGAAAGAAAAUUUAAAUAAACCCAGUGAGACUGGAGCAGAGGAAGCAAAGAAGGAUGGAGAAAGUGUGCCAGAUAGUGAGAAGGGUGAUGGUAAUGAGAAGAAAGAACCUGCUGUAGAAGAGCCCAAGAAGGAUGUGAAUGAGACUGAAACCAAGGAAAAUGAUAUUGCCAGCUUUGGCCUUGUUACUGACGAGGACCGUGAUGCUGACCGAGAGGCUUUGGAGAAGCUCACAAAUAUGAUAGAUGAACGCAUAAAGACUAAGCCUCCACCUCCUCCUCUGCCACCGCCACAGAAGGUCGCUGAUGGCUCGAGCAACGUGAACUCUGAAGUGCCUGCUAAAUCUGGGGACAAGGACUCUGAUAUUGACCCUGUGAAUAAUGAAGAAAAGAACGAUGACGAGACGACAAGUGAGACUAAAACUACAAAUAGAGCUGGAACUGAGUCACCUGAUAGGAGUAAAAGGUAUGAUAAUAGAAACCGAGAUAAUAGGGGUAGAGACCGUGAUCGACGGGAGAAGGAGAGAGAGCUUGAUAGAUUAGAGAGAGAAAGAGAACGUGAAAGAGCGAGGAGAGAGAGGGAGCGAGAUUUGGAGAUACAAAAGGCUGAACGGUUCUACAAGGAGCGAGUAAAGGAAUGGGAGACUAGAGAAAAGGAGAGAGAAUAUGAGCGGAAGCGUGAGAGGGAGAAGGAGAAAGAAAGGGAGCGUGAACGGAGGAGGUUAAUAGCUGAGCAAGAGGAUGAAAGCGAUGAUGAUUCUAGGAAAAGGAGACGGAAGUCUGAUAUGGAGGAUAAGCGGAGGCGGCGGCGGAGGGAAAAGGAAGAAGAUUCGGCUGAUAGACUGAAAGAAGAUGAAGAAAUUGUAGAGGCCACAAAAAGAGCUGAGGAGGAGCAACAGAGGCAACAAGAGAAACAGGCAUUGGAGCUUACAUCUGUUCCAGUGGCUAAUGGAAGUGAGAGACCUUCCUCCCCAGAAGUUGCUGCUAGUGAGAUCAAAGAUGAUAUGGAACAGGAUCAUGACACUGAUUCUGCUCCUGUAAUCCAUACUGCUGCCUUUUCUCCGUCAGGUGAUGAGGCUGUUGAAAAUGGCAGUACUGAUGAACCAAUGAUGGCACCUGGCUCAACGUCAGAUGUGAAGCUUAUGGGUAAUGCCCCAACCAAAAAGCUUGGAUUUGGCUUAGUGGGGUCAGGGAAACGUACAGCGGUUCCAUCUGUGUUUCAUGAAGAAGAGGAUGAUGAUGCGCAGAAAGAGAAGAAAAUGAGGCCUCUUGUCCCGAUUGAUUACUCUACCGAAGAACUUCAAGCCGUACACACAGAUGAUGCAGAGGCACCUCCGGUCUCAGCUGCAUCUGCUGAACCUGGUAAGCGUGUUAAUCCUAGAGAAGCACUUGUGGAGAAGGACAGAAGUCGACGCUCUCAUGAUAGGUCAAACCAUCGGGACCAUGAUCAUGAACGUGCUGGUGACGAGGCUCCUCGAUCUCGGGAGAUUUUGGAUGCAAAACAAUUGAUUGAUAUGAUACCAAAGACGAAAGAUGAUUUGUUUUCGUACGAAAUUAAUUGGGCCGUGUAUGAUGAGAAUCGGUUGCAUGAAAGAAUGAGACCGUGGAUAUCCAAAAAGAUCACAGAAUUUUUGGGAGAAGAAGAGAAUACUUUGGUGGAGUUCAUAGUAGAUAGAUUCCGGGAACAUGUUAAAGCUGAGAAAAUGUUGGAUGUGCUUCAGAAGAUCUUGGAUGAGGAAGCCGAAAUGUUUGUUCUUAAAAUGUGGAGGAUGCUCAUCUUCGAAAUUAAAAAGGUCGAGGCAGGUUUGACAACAAGGCCAGGAGCGUAAAGGAAAGUAUUAGAACGUUGUGUUCUUGCUGGCAAUAAUUUUUUGUCUGCCUUCAUAAUUUUUAUCAUAGUAGAAACUAGAAAGGAAUUGUAGGCAAAUUUUAUGUUGAAGCUCAAUUUCCCCGAUUCCCAACCCAAUGUUCUUCUCUCUUGCAUUGCUUGUAACUUGAAUUAGAUAAUUGAAAUCAAUUUUUAUCAUUGUUUGUGCCUUCAA